CCCCUGCCCCCGUUAUUGUCCAGAAAUACCGGAAGUAACAAUUCAGACCUACCGGUGGAAGAAGUAAGGGCAGAACAGCUCUGGCCAAUGGCACUGCUGCUCUCGAUUAAAGGGAUGUUCUCACAACCCCGUCUUACUUUAAGGCUGCCCUGCUGGAAGCAUAUCAGGAAUUCAUUGCAGAGAAGAUCAGGAAAUGCUCCAGGAGAAAAGCCUGUCUGAACCGGAGGAUGCCUUCUCAGCAGCUCAGGCCCCAGGCCAUGCCGAAACCACGGCGGGUUCCCCGGUUCUCGGAGUAGCAGGAGUCAGUAGUACCCCUCUGAACAGUCCUCAGGGUCCGGAUCCAGAGCAGACUAUCGAAAACAUCAAGGUAUACCUCCACGAGAAAGAGCUGUGGAAGAAAUUUCAUGAAGCUGGCACAGAAAUGAUCAUUACUAAAGCUGGAAGGAGAAUGUUUCCAAGUUACAAAGUCAAGGUCACAGGGAUGAACCCCAAGACCAAGUACAUCUUGUUGAUUGACAUUGUCCCUGCGGAUGACCAUCGGUACAAAUUCUGUGACAACAAAUGGAUGGUGGCUGGCAAGGCUGAGCCCGCCAUGCCCGGGCGACUGUACGUCCACCCGGACUCACCUGCCACAGGAGCCCACUGGAUGCGUCAGCUGGUCUCAUUUCAGAAGCUAAAGCUCACCAACAACCACCUGGACCCGUUUGGACACAUCAUUCUUAACUCAAUGCAUAAGUACCAACCAAGAUUGCACAUCGUCAAAGCGGACGAAAACAACGCGUUUGGCUCCAAGAACACAGCUUUCUGCACGCACGUAUUUCCAGAGACGUCCUUUAUCUCUGUGACCUCCUAUCAGAACCACAAGAUCACCCAGCUGAAGAUAGAAAACAAUCCAUUUGCCAAGGGCUUUCGGGGGAGUGACGACAGUGACCUGCGUGUGGCGAGACUGCAAAGCAAAGAGUAUCCUGUCAUCUCCAAAAGCAUUAUGAGGCAGAGGCUGGUGUCCACUCACGGUCAGCUCUCAGUGAAAUCUGACGUCGGCUCCCUGCACGGGGGCCACCAAGGCCCCCAGCAUUACCAGUACGAAAACGGCGCUCACAUGCAGUUUGCGGCGUCGGAUGCCCAAGACCUGCCCCUCAACACCUUCACAGCACAGAGAGAAUCGGGGCUCUUCUAUCACUGCCUGAAACGACGAGAGGGCGCCCGGCAUCUGGAUCUCCCUUGCAAGCGCUCGUACCUGGAAGCCUCCUCUUCUGUCGGGGAGGAGCACUACUUCCGCUCGCCCCCUCCCUAUGACCAGCAAAUGCUCAGCCCCUCCUACUGCAGUGAAGUGGCCCCCAGAGAGGCCUGCAUGUACUCUGGCUCUGGGGCUGAAAUUACAGGGGUCUCCUCGGUGGAUGACUUGCCGCCACCUCCGCCGCCGCCUCCUCUCAGCUGCAACAUGUGGACUUCGGUUGCCCCUUACACCAGCUACAGCGUCCAGACGAUGGAGACUGUCCCGUACCAGCCUUUCCCUGCCCACUUCACCGCCACCACCAUGAUGCCCCGGCUGCCCACCAUCACAAACCAAAGCUCGCAGCCGCCGGGGAACAGCCCCUUCAUGGUCUACAACCAGCUCUCGCAGUCUCAGGGCCGGGAGAGAGUCCCCGCGUCGUCAUUCCUGAGGGAAAGGGGGCACCCCUCCGUCUGCGAGAGGAAGGCCCCCUCUCCCCACUUGAGCACAGCCAACGAAUUUCUGUACUCGCAGACCUUCUCGCUGUCGAGGGAAUCCUCGUUACAGUACCAUUCAGGAAUGGGGACUGUGGAGAACUGGACUGAUGGAUGACUCCCGCGCCGUGGACACCGUUGUGGCCAGGGUCACCAGCUUCUGGACAGUGUUUGAUUCAGUGUUAAUACCUGUGGGUAACUUGCACUUCUGUGACAACUACCGAAAGCUGCAUUUCCAUGGGUGCUUGUGUAUCGGAAGAGCCCAUUUCCUUUAGACACAAAGGCAACUUGGUUGGGGGAGGGAACCCAGUUCCAUAGAAAGGAUCCACCAGGCCUAAUGUCCAGUGAAAUAUUUACCUCCUAAAGAAAGACCUCACAAAAUACCCCUUUCUCAUUUUUUUUUUAAAAAACACACACUCUAGCAUCUUCCACAUAGGGCCCUUUUGAUUUCCUGGCUUGUUGUAGAACAAGCAGAAAAAGCAGUGUUGUGGUCCACAAGCCCCUUAAGUAGUGAACUUGGCCUCUAUUGCAUCAAACCAUGGAAAUAUGUUGAUGCAAGAAAAGAAAAGGAUUCCCAAGUGAGUGCUGUUGUGAGUGGGGAAACACAGACACAGAGCACCACACGGAGCUGCCCAAGGCUAGAGGAAUCCACUGAAGAGUAUAGUUCUUUUGUGGCAAUCCCUCUGACCGUUAGGCAAGGUAUGUACACUUGCAGAACUCCUGCAAUUUCAGUGGGCUUGACCUGUUGGGGAAAAGGUCUGGCUGGAUGCGCCUUCCGUCCCUCACAUCUCCUCCUGAUCAGAGGGGUAGAAUCAUCCAGUUUUAACCAUAAGAAGCAGGGAGCUUCCUGGCUCACAUGCAGAGGACAUCUGGCCUUUGCUUUUUGGGGUCACGUUCAGUGCAAAAUGACCGAGUGUCAGAAAUCCAGGCUGCUCACUCAAGGGGAUGACGCACAGCAUGACUGUGGCAGGGCGGGAGGACAGUUUAACUACUGUUUUUACCUGAAGUUUGAAUUUAAAAUGACGCCCCACC